AUGAAUGAUGCUAACAUUUUUACAUUAUGGAGCGAGCAAGGGUUUACUCUAUACCUCUUGCAAGAAGAUUCUGGCGGCUAUAGGUUUGAAUUUACGAGGUUGAUCAAUGAACAGGGGUCAACAGUGGUAAUUGCCGCCUGGAGUCAAGAGAAUUUGAAGAACCCAGAAAAUAUAUCUGUGUUUGUUACCAAUGACCAUGACCAAGGCCUAUCCAUAGAUGUCAUUUGGAACUCUGAUCAUUUUGUCUGCCGUGACGCUGUCAACUCCAAUGAGGGAUUGCAGAGUUCAACCGUUGUGUUGCAAGUCGAAUUCGUUAUCUCCAUAGUUUACGUCAUCUGGUCCUUCGGCUUUCUUCUAGUUGGAGAAGAGGUUCUGGACAAUUUACACAUCUUCAAUACCACUAGUCUGAAAUGUUUGGGGUACAUUACUUUACAACAGAAUUCAAAGGAUUCUUUGUGGUUUGACAGACACACUACCACUUUAUGGUGUCUCGUUAGGAAAUAUGAUGAUCUCACCAAGUCAAGAACGAUCCAUUUGAACUGUUACCGAUUACCUGAAUUUCAGCUGUUUUCCAGUUCUCCAAUGCCCCGAGGUUUUAGUAACUACCAUUUCGUUAGGCUGAAAGAAAACCAGGCAGAGAAGAUGCAGAUCGCUCCAUCUCCUUUUACUACGACCAUCUUAUGCCUAAAUGAACUGGCGCCAAACUACCAACUCUUACAUUUCGUGGGACCCAAGAAACCUUAUUACAAGCAAGAAUUUCGAAAUCACAGUUCCUUAUUACGACAAAUCGUACAACUGCCACGAAAUAGCUAG